AUACAAUGUGGUCGACGGGAGACUCGCGACUCGGCGCAGCGGAACCGAGACGCGACCCGCGGUAGCUCAGUGCACGCAUCAAGUUCAUGUCUGGGGCGUCCCGAGUCUCGUGUCGCCCAGGUCGAGAUUCCUCAGUGACGUCAUCCUCCCUCCCCAGAAUCGCUUGCCGAACUGACGCUCGCGAGCACUCCAUGAGCGCCACUCGAUGGAACCAUUGAGAUGUGACCUGGCUGUUUCGAAAGCCGAGACUGCCCGAGACUGCCCGAGAUGAAGACGAAGCCUGACAAGGCGGCCGAGGCGCCGGCCAUCCCCCUGCCCGUCCUGCAGAAGUCGACGGCCACCCUCGUGUCGCAGGAUGACCUGUACGACCCCUUCAGCCAGCGGCCGGAAACGCUGCAGUACUCGGACUUUGGAGCGUGGGCGCACAUGGUGAAGGCGGGCAUGGGCACGGGCAUCAUGGCCAUGCCCAUGGCGUUCAGGUACGGCGGCGUGGUGGUGGGGCUGCUCGGCACCCCGCUCGUGGGCCUCAUCUGCGGCCACUGCGUGCUGCUGCUCGUCGCCACCGCCCAGCACCUCUACGUGCGCGCGCGCGUCCCCGCCAUGACCAUGGACGAGGUGGCCUACUACGCCUUCCUGUGCGGCCCGCACUGCCUGCGACGCUGCGCCCCCGCGGCUCGCAUGUUCGUGCAGGGCGCCUUGUUCCUCACGUACUUCUUCGUCGGCAUAUCCUACACCAUCUUCAUCGGGGAGGCCAUUCAGCAGCUGGUGGAGCAGUGGACGGGUGAGGCGGUGCUGGACCGGCGGGUGUACAUCGCCGUGCUCGCCGUGGUGCUCGUGCCGCUGUGCCAGAUCCGCCAGAUGCGCACCCUGGUGCCCUUCUCGGUGGCGGCCAACGUGUGCAUCGUGGUGGGCUUCGCCAUCACCAUGUACUACCUGCUGGACAGGCCGCCGGACAUGAACCGCGUCGACAUCGGCCCCACGCUCCUCGGCCUGCCCAUCUUCUUCUCCACCUCCAUCUACUCCAUGGAGGGCAUCGGCACGGUGAUGCCCGUGGAGAACACGAUGCGAAACCCGGGCCACCUUGGAGGCUGGAAGGGACUGGCGUCCAGGGCCGUGGCCUUCAUCGUGGUGCUCUUCACCGCCAUCGGCCUGCUCGGCUACAUGCGCUUCGGAUUGGACGUCAAGGGCAGCAUCGUCCUCAACCUGGACCCCACCGCCGUGCCUGCGCAGGUCGUGAAGGCGCUGCUGGCCCUCGCCAUCGUCUGCACCUUCCCGCUGCAGUUCUACAUCCUCCUGGAGCAGCUCACGCCCGUCAUCAACGCCAAGGUCACCGCGCCCAACCUUCGGAACUGGGCCCAGGUGGGCACGAGGGUGUUCCUGGUGGCGGCGUCGCUCCUCGUGGCGGUGUCCUUCAACAGCUUGGAGCUGGUCAUCGCCCUGAUGGGCGCGGUGCUGUUCUCCACGCUGGGGCUCCUCAUCCCCGCGGGGGCGCACCUCAUCGCGGAGCUCGGCCAGAAGGCGGACGCCAAGGUCUCCGGGACGCAGCGGAGCAGUGCGUGGAGCACGCUGACGUUGGUGAAGGACGGCUUCCUGGUGGGCCUGUCCUUGCUGACGACGUGCGCCGGGGUGUACUCGGCCCUCACCCCCGCGUAGGAGCCUGCUAGCCUGCUUGGACCAGUGGUGUGUCUCGAAUCAAACACACGACGGCGCCAGUGGGCUCCUCGUUCGAAGACGAAUCCAUCACUACCGCCGUGUCUUUGAUUCGAGUCCCAUUUGAGGACGUUGAGGAGCUCAAAAACGUGUUCCUGGUCUCGCGACCCGCUGUGAGGUGGCACCGUCUGAAGCAGGUCGACCUCGUGGCGACAAAGCCUUUCGAUUGCGCUGGCGAGGUGGUCCUGUAGGCCCCGCAGGCCCUGCAGGACGCUCCCGAAGGAACAAGGAACAGUGCGCGGCAGGUUCCCGACAUCAGCCGCACCUGUCCAGGGUUGUCUGGCCGAGUGUGCAGUGUGCAAGCGAGGGAAGUCCCGCGGUCACCAAUGUCCAGCGGGGCGGCAGCGGCCAGCACUAGCAGGCCGCCGGCAGUGGCGUGGCACAGCGCGGCACUCCCGCCGGAAUCCCCUCUCUCGUUUUGUCCAGGAUCUCCAUCAACAUUAAGAAUGUCCAUGGCGCACUGUGGCAGUGCCAUUUUCUUAGCCUCGUAGGCUGAGUUGGGUUUCGCGAUUAAAUCAUUAUUUGUUACGUGUAGUUAAAUAACGAUCCCUUGCGAAUGCGCAUAGGGUUCAUGGUUGUCUGUGAUAUUUGUUUCAUCGCGCAAUAAAAUCCGAAACCGA